UCAAAAUGAUCAUGACCAAUGGAAACAUUUGAAGUCAAAGAAUGUGGUUGGAACUGCUGGUGAACUCUACCUAGUAGCUGCGUCUCUGACAGCUUUGCUUUCUGUGGCCCUUGCUCAGCACAGGGGCCAUGUAGCUGAGUGAUGCGUCUGUCCUUGCGACGGGGGGUCAAGUUCCUGCUGGGGGUGUCCUGUGUCUGCAUGGCAGCAUGGGCAUUGUAUUAUGUGCUCAAAUGCCAUGGCUGGCACACCCCUGCCCUACGGGUAUCGAUCGUGGUUAAGGGCAGCAACCAGACUUGGUACCGCUACAGUCAGGACUCGCCGGUGGUGUUUGUGGGUGGGGUGCCCCGCUCUGGCACCACGCUGAUGAGGGCCAUGCUGGACGCCCACCCAGGCAUUCGCUGUGGAGAGGAGACGCGGGUCAUCCCCAGGCUACUGGCUCUGCGUCAUGGUUGGAAGAAGCAGGGCCAGGAACGCUCAGAGCUGGAGGAAGAGGGCGUCACGCAGGAGAUGCUGGACUCUGCCACGCUGGCUUUCCUGCUGGAGGUCAUCGUACGGCAUGGCGACCCUGCACCACUGCUCUGCAAUAAGGAUCCAUUCACCCUGAAGAGCUCCCUUUACCUCUCCAACAUCUUUCCCAAAUCAAAGUUCAUACUCAUGGUUCGAGAUGGCCGAGCUAGCGUGCACUCCAUGAUCUCCAGACGUGUGACCAUAGCUGGCUUUAACCUCUCUAGCUACAGGGACUGCCUUACAAAGUGGAAUAAUGCCAUAGAAGUCAUGCUGUUUCAGUGCACACUGGUCAGAGCUAAACGCUGUCUGGCUGUUCACUACGAGAACCUUGUUCUGCAACCACGAACCACAAUGGAGAAGGUGUUGCAGUUCCUGGAGGUACCAUGGCAUGAGGGGGUGCUUCACCACGAGGAAGCUAUCGGCCAACCCGGAGGAGUUUCCCUGUCUCGAAUUGAGCGCUCGACUGAUCAGGUUAUUAAACCAGUUAAUCUGGAGGCACUGACUCGCUGGGUGGGCCAUAUCCCAGGUGAUCUCCUAGGAGACAUGCAGAAUAUUGCUCCAAUGCUCAGCAGACUGGGUUACGACCCCACCGCCAACCCCCCUGAUUAUGGCCAACCAGAUCCUGAAGUGAUUCAUAAUACAGAGAGGGUGCUAAAGGGAGAUUUCAAACCUCCAGCAAGUUUGAAAAGACAAGAGAGUGUGGUCUGAUUACAUUAAAAUCUUGGAUUGACCCUCCUAUGUACUUUAUAGUGCAUGUUCAGUUAUGCAGACCCUAUGUAAAGUUGUGUAAACUUUAAUUUCAUUCCACCUCUCUGUCUGAUAUGUCCAAAAACUCCAGCACAAGCAGAUGAAAGGAGAAAUACUACAAAUGCCUCCAUCUUGCAUGCAAUAUGUUUUACUUUUUUUUAACCACAAGCUUAAUCCUUAUAUCUAUUGAUGUCACCUGCAGACAUGCAUAAGGCCUGAUGGAAAAUUUGUGUGGCAGAAAAACUGGUCUGAGUUCUCAUAAUCAGAGAUGCAAGGAAGCAAAAAGGUUAUUGAAAAAAGAACUUGUCAGUCGUCAGGAAACCCACAUGGUACAUCGUCUGUAGUGCUUUAUCUAAUGACCAACCAAACAUGAUUCCAGUCUACAAGCUACCAGGUGAAUGAACAAUGAACAAUCCUCAGAAUAUGCCUUGUCUUACUUAAGUCCUGUUGUGAUAUGCUGUUGUGAAGAAUGUAACAAAAAUAAAGGAAUGAUAAAGGAUUGUGCAGAUUUUGACAAAUUGAUUGAUUAAUUUUGAGCCUGCAAAUUAAAAUAAAUGAUUAUUUAUGAUCAGGACAUUUAUUUAUGUCAUUGCCACUAGCUUGCUCAUUAUUAGGGAUCAGAGAUAUUUGUAAAUCUGGUUUGCAACAGUAUAUGUUGUGACAAGUGCUAUAGACAUAAAUUGGACUUUGACUUUGAUAUGAUUAUGCUGUUACCAAAAAUCAAAUGCAGGAAUAAUAUGUGCAAUUAAAAUAAUUUACAUUAA